AGGGGAAAAAAAAGAGAGGAGGCUUGUGAGGGACGGCGAGUCCGGGCGGCGGAAGGACGGCGGUGUGACGGAGCGGCUCCCGUACUGGGGACCCAUUCUGACCGGGUAGUUGCGAGCAUGCCUACAAGGAUAAUAUGCCGAAGAUUUUCGGGUCGGUCAUGCAGGAUGGCUGCGUUUUGCACGACAGCAAAGGUGCCAGGCGAGACGGUAUUCGUUGGGAAAGCGGAAGAGGACCGAAGCUUCCAGAAGGCAGAGAGGAGUUCUAAACCUGCCGUCAAGUUCAGACUAUGGAAACCUCCACAAUACAAAGUGUCUUUUUGUCCAUCAGCCUAUGCUGGGGCCAAACACGUAUCCGAUGAGGACUCGGCUUGCGGCUUGGACGGCAGCUUGCCUGAAAGCGAUUACGCUAGAAUUGGUGCCAGUCAGGUCCAGAAUACCUGCAGCAUCACGUGCUCACGGAGGCUCUCCAGCGCAAAGAACGCACUGCUGGAUUUGGAAAGCGGCACGUUUCUGCCCCCCCAGGCCAACACGACGCAGCCGAGGAAGCCGGAUCCUGCAGAAGGUGACAGGGAAGUGGCUGAUAUCGAAGCUCAAGAUCCUAAGGAAGAUCCCAGGGCGUUCCAGAAGCAAAGGCCCGAAUAUGAAGUGCUGAGUUACGAUCGAUACAAGCUCCCGCAGCCGCUUUCUGCAGAGGAAGGUAGCCUGAUCCUGCAGAACGUCGCUAUGCUCAAAAGCAGCCUGAAACCCCACGUUAUUGCCGAGCAUUUCUUUCGGUUGAGCGGCUUGCCGGCAGGACGACGCGAAAGCCUGAAAUCCGACGCCCGCUUCGCCACGUUGUGCCACUGCGCCGUUGAAAGCGUCCAGCUCUUUGAUCUUCCUGAGCUGCUUAUGGUUUUGAAGGCGUUUGUUCGCUUGGCCAUUCCGCCGAACCAUUCCAUGCUGAAGAUAUACGAAGCGGAAUGCUGCCGUCGGGCCUGGGACGUGGGCCUGGAUCACCUCCUGCUGGUGGCCGACCUGUGGCGUUGCAUGGGGCGCAGCGUCCCUCGGUAUCUGGAGAUCGCGUUGAGCUAUGUUAAUCUGCACUGGCGGGAACUCAGCUUGCCCCAGCUCGUUCAGUUAGUCUAUAUCAUAGGGGAGGGCCGCAAAGCCCCAGAGGAUUUAAUGAAGAAACUCGACACCUUGGUCUUGAAGUACUUGAACGCUUUAAACCUGGAGGAAGUGGGCGCCGUUUGUUUAGGGUUCUUCAAGUCCAGUCAUGGUCUUUCAGAACAUACGAUGCGGAAGAUUGGAGAUAAAAUCUCUGCCCGGAUGGCAGAGAUGAGCGAUUAUGCCUUGGUGAACGUGCUCAAGAUGUACCGUUACACUCACGUCGAUCAUCCUGAAUUUCUGAGGCAGCUUGGGAUUCUUGUUCCUCCGCGGAUCCCUUCCAUAGGCACUCAAGGAGUCAUGCACAUAGCCCUGGCUUGCUCGGCUUUGCAUUACCGUAACGAAUGGAUUAUGGAUGCCGUCGCCUCUUCGGUGCCUUCCAGGGCGGCUUAUUGCCGCAGCAAAGAUGUUGCCAAGCUCUUGUGGUCGUUUGGAUGCCUGAACUACGAACCGCCCAACGGAGAGGAAUUUUACGCCUGCCUCGAAGAGCAGUUGCGCAGAAAGAUGCACGAGUUUCAAAAAUUCCCCGAGCAUCUGCUCACCUCCUUGCUAGCCCUGGCGUUUGCCGAGCGGUUCCCGAAAGAUUUGAUCGAUUGCGCUCUGAGUCCCAAGUUUAUCAAACGAACCGGAGACGGUAAGCUUGACCUCAAGAAGGACUUGUUCACCCUCGAUGGCACGGUGGAGAUUGAAUGCCCCGACUACGCGGGCAAUCGCCUCGCGCUGCAACUGAAGCAGGAGGUGACUGAGAUGUUGUGGGAUUCUGUCAGGAAGGACAUCUCCACAAAGCCGGAAGCCAAGGAAGCACACGCUCUUCUGGAAGACAUGUUGGGCGGUCCCCAGUACAUCAAAUACCACAUGAUCUUACCUCACACCCGAUCAGCCGAUUUGGAGAUUCAGUUAGACCCAGACCGAAAGCCGCUGCCUUUUCAUUCAGAAGCUGCAGCGGUCAAAUCGGAAUUAAAAGAGAAUGGAGUCUCCCUCACAGAAGACUUAAUGCGUCAGCUGUUGAAGGGGAGGUCUCAGAACCCAUCCCUGGUGGCGAACGGCGGAAGCAAGGAUGAAACGGGUAUCCAGGAAACACCAAUACAGGAGGAACAAUCUCUAUCCAGUUGGGCUCAUUUUGCAUUUUCUGAUGGAGUUCCUCUUACUGGUUCCCUCUUGAAUGCGUUGACAAAAUCAAAGACCUCUUGUGAAGGUCUGGAGCCUCAGCCAAAAGGGCAGCGUCUCGGGGGCACGAAAUUAGCUGUUCAGGUGUCCAAUAGGAACCAAUAUAGCUAUCACUCGAAACACCUCCUGGGACUCCACCAUUUGAAACGAAGGCAGCUCCGUCGGAUUGGCUAUACGGUGGUAGAACUGCCCUUCUGGGAAUGGUUUCCGUUGCUCCGGCAUAGCCGGUCAGAAAAACUGAGCUAUUUGCACCAUAAAAUAUUUGAUUCUGUACUGUAAGGUGCCGUGGUUUGAGAACCCAAAUGGUAAAAGGGAGGUUCCUGAUUCUUGGGUCUUAUCCAAGUUUGGUGGGGAACACAGUUGACUCUUUUAGAACAGGUUCUUUGUUCACUUAAAGCAUUUCUUUACGGACCCUGUUCAGCAUUCUUAGAAAUUAUAAUAUGCCCAGGGCAUGGUUAAAUGAACCUUACAGUGAUUGUCUUAUGCGUAAAGUUACAUUAGAAGGAGCCAUUUAUUUGCUUUUUUUCAAAAAUCCAGUAGAUUGAGGCAAUGUACUUCAACUGUUUAAUUAUUCUUUAUUGCAGAAGAGACAAACAAUUAAGUCGAUGUUACAGAAAGGACAGGUGAUCCCAUUAAGAUAGAGAGGAAGGAAUAGAAAGUCCAUUAAGGAACCGCCAAAAGAUUACAGUUAAAACAAAGGGAACUUUGACUCUUGAAAGGUUGUAGUGGUCUCUGAUGCUACUGGACUUAAUGACAACCUGGUUCAUAUAGAACAAUUAAGUCUAUAUAGCAGUUAGUAAUUACAGCUAAGAUGAGUGGGAUAAUAAAUGAUAUUGCAAUAUUUUUUUUUUUUUUAAAAAUUCUCUGAAAAGACUGUAAGUUCAGUUAACUACUGAAGAUGCUAAUGCAUCUGAAGAAGUAUACUUGCACAUGAGAGCAUAUGCUUUGAAUAAAACUUAAAUAUGCUACCCGA